GCUUUGAACGUUUACCUCCGCGAACGUGGGUCAGUGCGGCUCGCGCUUUCGAGCGGCUAGCACCGAGAUCUUCUUGAUCUUUUGAUCGACAUUUACUCCUCCAACUCGUGACUCCUGAUUAACAAAUAAAAAACAGUUUUUCAGUUCACCGAUUAAAAAGCAUUUUCCAAAAUUACUGAUCGACUUUUCGAUGCUACGCGUUCAAACAUUUUGACAGAAUCCAGCAAGUGUUUUAUCACGAUUUUUCGAACAUUUUCUGAAGCGAACGGGGCGCAUCAACCCCUUGAAAGUGGAAAUACGUGAAAAACGCACUCGAAAAUAACGGAUCAUCGAGACACGAGCGUUUUUGGGAUCGAUCAGAAAAAUAUCAACUCGGAUCGCAAAAUGUGGACCAAACCUUAUUUCGGGAUAGCCCUACUCGGGUUUUUCCAUUUAAUAACAAUGUCCCAAGGAAUACCGAAUUAUUCGGGACUGCCACCGGGGCCAUACUGCGCCGGUAGAUUCCGGAGUGGUCAAUGUUGUCCGGGACGUCAGGACGAUUGCAGCGCACCGAUUUUAACGACGACUUGUUACUGCGACGAUUUUUGCAAUCGCACACGCGAGGAAGAUUGCUGUCCCGAUUAUUGGUCACAUUGCAGAGGAAUUUCGCUGCCCACUGGGCCCGAAGAACUCCGACAAUGCUUCUUCAGAGGGAAGUACUACAAUCAUGGAGAAACUUUCAAACUCAAUUGCAAUACUUGUAAAUGCUCGUCGCUCGGGGUGAGUGCCAAAGUACUGUGCGAGGAAAAUCGUUGCAUCGUCGACGCAGAUUUACUCGAGGAACUUCACCUGCAAAAUUAUUACCUCGGAUGGCAAGCGACGAAUCAGUCGAAAUUCUGGGGGAGGACACUCGAUGAUGGUGUAAAAUUGAGACUGGGAACUCUAAAUCCUGGAAAAUCUGUCUAUCGAAUGAAUCCAGUGCGAAGAAUUUACAACCCCGACGCUUUGCCAAAAGAAUUUGACUCGAGAAGGGUAUGGCCUCGAUAUAUUUCGGACAUUCGCGAUCAAGGAUGGUGCAGUGCAUCGUGGGCUUUGUCAACCGUGGACGUUGCCACUGACAGAUACGCGAUUAUGAGCAAAGGGACUGAAGCAGUCGAACUGAGUGCGCAACAUUUAUUAUCUUGCAACAACAGAGGCCAACAGGGAUGCAACGGCGGAUAUCUUGACAGGGCGUGGAUGUUUGUCCGGAAAUUUGGUCUGGUGGACGAAGACUGUUAUCCUUGGGUCGGAAGAAACGAGGCCUGUAGAUUAAGAAAAAAGAAUACUCUUCGAACGGCUCACUGCAGAAAUCCGCCGAAUCCGUUGAGAACAGGAUUGUAUCAAGUUGGACCAGCUUAUCGUCUGGGAAAUGAGACCGACAUAAUGCAAGAAAUUCUGACAUCCGGCCCCGUUCAAGCCACCAUGAAAGUUUAUCAAGAUUUCUUCGUUUACGAGGCUGGCGUUUACAGGCAUUCUAAAAUCGCUGAACAAUAUCUCAGCGGUUAUCAUUCGGUCAGAAUAAUCGGUUGGGGCGAAGAACAAAUCUCUAAUGGAAUUCCUGAAAAAUACUGGCUUGUGGCGAACUCGUGGGGUUCGGAUUGGGGUGAAAAUGGCUUCUUCAGAAUUACCAAGGGAACGAACGAAUGCGAAAUCGAGACUUACGUUAUUGCCGCAUGGGCUGAAACGAUAUAACCAAAGUUAGGCUUCAUUAUUACAAAGUCAAAUUAAAACGAACCACAAUUAUUAUAAAAAGCAUUUACUUAAGAAUCUCUACGAUUCACUGCUGAUCACUCUGCCGAAAAUAUCCAGUGUUCUAUUUACUUUAAAUCAAAGAACGUUAAAAAAAAUGAGAAUCUUUCGUUACAAACGAAUUUUUCAUAUUGCGUGAUCCGGUUUACGUUUGUACUGCUUAAUAUAAUAUAUACACAGUAUAAUACCUAAUGUUAUUCGUACGUGUGCGAUGUGAAAUAGAAGAACCAGACGAGACGAUCUCUAUGAAUAUCUUGAUUUAUCAACAAAAUAAAUUCAAUUUCUCGAUUCGUAACGAAUUGAUAUAAAAAAAUAGAUAUCAAAUCCAGAGGAUAUUAGUCACGUAUCGAGUAUUGUCGAUUUCGACUUUAAGGAUUAAAAUACUUCUGCCAGUUGUACAAGUUCAUUGUAUGUUGAAUAAAUUUCAUAGAUUUUAAGAAUAAAACGAAUUUCAAAAGA